AUGUAUGCGAAACGGAUGGGUUUCGGCACAAGAAAAGAUGAUGUACGACGUUCUCACGGAGUCAUCGUAAUGCGCAGUGGGUUUGUUGUUCGAGGGUUACAAAAGAAUCACAAUAACGGAAACACAAAGAAAAAGAGACCUCAUGAUGUCACUAGAACCGGAUGUCAGGCAGCAUUACGUAUUUUACUCACACAACCAUCUAACACUUGGAAAUGCAAAGAGUUCAGCACAAUACACAAUCACGACCUCGCUUCAUCAAGUGAGGUACAAUUUUUGAGAUCAUACCGAGUAGUGUCCGAUGGCUUGCUUGCCCAAGUUAGGUCGAUGAACUCAGUUGGAAUUAAAACUGCCAACAUAAUGUCUCAUGUUGCUUUGCAAAGUGGAGGUUACGAGAGAAUGCCAUGUCAACUUCGAGAUGUCUACAACAGGGUUGCUGGUGCCAAGCGAGAAGAAAAGAUAGAGACGGACUCGGAAGGAGCGUUGGGAUUUCUUGAUUAUGGAAACUCACGUGUCGACUAUGUGGCUUUUGGGGAUGUACUAGGGUUUGAUACCACCUACAUGACAAAUGAGUACAAUAAGCCUCUCACUGUUCUCAUUGGCGCCAUCAUGGAACACAUGCACGAUGUGACACACCGUCUAUGUGCUUGGCAUCUCAAUACAAAUGCUUCCAAAAAGGUUAAAGAUCCGAUCUUCUUGAAAAUGUUUAAAGAUCUAAUGUACAACUACUACGAGGAGGAGGAUUUCGAAGCAAGAUGGUUAGACGUCGUCGAAACCCAACAACUAACAGAUAAUGAAUGGUGCCAAACAACAUUCGACACAAGAAAACAGUGGGCGAGAAACUUAUUUAAGGGGUUCAUUCGUUGCGGGAAUGAGAACCACACAACGUUGCGAAUCGAUCAACUCAAAUUUCUAAAAAAAUUUUUAGAGAAGAAUUAUUGCUUGCGCGAGUUCGUAACAACCAUAGAUAUGACGAUCUCAAAGCUCGGACACAACGAGGCCGCAAAUGACUUCAAAAGCGAGAUGCACUCGACCUCACCCACCUAA